AUGCACUCGCUACUCAGCGCGCCUCUCCUGGUGCUGCUCGCCAGCCUCGCAGCAGCAACAUCCGACAUCUCGCUCUCGCAGUUCACACCGCGCAUCAACAACCUGCCCACAGAAUGCAAGGCCGUCUACACGUCCACGAUUGACGGCUGCACGGCCUCGGACUUCAGCAGCAGCGCGACGUGCAGCGCCCAGUGCGUGGCGGGCCUCACGCGCAUCGCCGCCAGCGUGAAGAGCGGGUGCCGCAACGUCGACGUUGGCGAGACAAGCAUCAUCGGCGUAUUCCAGAACGACAUCGGCGUCGCAGCGCUG